GCCCCAGAGACCCGACAGCGAGGCUCAACCCACGCGACGAAGUAGGCCUCCGCGGCGCUCUCUGCUUGCGGAGCCCCAACGUCAAGCCAGUCCCGAGCAGACGUGUACUCGUCCUCCAGGCCUAGAAGGCCACCGCUGCGCGUUCUUAAAGUCAUGAAUCCUGUUUAUAGUCCUGGUUCUUCUGGGGUUCCCUUUGCAAAUGCCAAAGGGAUUGGUUAUCCAGCGGGUUUCCCCAUGGGCUAUGCAGCAGCAGCUCCUGCCUACUCCCCCAACAUGUACCCUGGAGCAAAUCCUACCUUCCAAACAGGUUACACUCCUGGCACACCUUACAAAGUGUCCUGUUCCCCUACCAGCGGGGUGGUGCCACCGUACUCCUCCUCCCCCAACCCCUACCAGACUGCUGUAUACCCUGUGCGAAGUGCCUACCCCCAGCAGAGCCCAUACGCACAGCAAGGCACAUUCUACACACAGCCCCUGUAUGCAGCACCCCCUCACGUCAUCCACCACACCACGGUGGUGCAGCCCAACGGCAUGCCGGCGACAGUGUACCCUGCUCCCAUCCCUCCACCAAGAGGCAACGGGGUCACCAUGGGCAUGGUGGCUGGGACCACUAUGGCCAUGUCAGCAGGUACUCUGCUGACUGCCCACUCCCCAACUCCUGUCACCCCUCACCCAGUCACUGUGCCCACGUAUCGGGGUCCAGGAACGCCCACCUACAGCUAUGUGCCCCCUCAGUGGUGAUCGAUCACCUGCAAAUGUUUGAGGAUGGAGCUGUGCAGUCACAUCAUGGAUGUUCCACAGCUGGUGCUGCAGGCCUCGUGCCUCCAACCAGGACUUUCUUCUUAAUGCUCUCGACACUUAGCUAAACACUACUAUGGCCUGGCCUUGCAGAUCUCAGUGCCAUUAGUCUCCAACUAACUGUGGGUUGGUCAUAAUCCUGUUUUGGGGCUGCCUGGCAAUUUUUUUAGCUAACUGUAAUGAUAAAAAGGGAGUAUUAAAUGUAUUCUGAAAUCAUAUCUAGUUGCAUGCAUGUUUAAAAAAACAAACACAAAAACAAAGCUUGCUCAAACUACCUGCAGUGACUGAUGCAAAACCAUCAUAUGCAAAAUCCAAAGGAACGGAAAAAUAUUUUACAACUUGUAUCACUAAUGCAGUGUUGUAAUAUAUGCAGAGUCUUAAAGAUGUGUUAAAGUGGAUUUCUUCAUAGAACAUCUGAAAUCUCUUAAGCGAUUCUUCAACCUUUGGGGUUGAUGUGGGUUGCCAGUUGGAAACACAAAAUUUGAGUUUUUAGCCAUCUGUUUCUUUCACACUGAUUGCACUGGAAGAGAGUUGCAGGGACGGGGAGUGUGGGGUGGGCCACAGCUACAUGGGAUAGCCAGGUUAAUGGGCAUCCCUGUCUUUUCAUUUAAGCUUGUGGGAUCAGUGUGAUGUGGACAUUCUUAAAAGAUCAUGAAAGAUUAGAGUUGUAUGGCCAGUACAUUUAGGGGUAAGAGGCAGUUUGUCUGUCAGCAAAGCAGUUUUCUCUAGAUUGCUAUAUAAAUUUUCAUUAUAAACCUAUUACAGACAGAGAUGCUGUUUUUUGUAUCUUUAUUAGAAAAGCCCUAUGUAGAAUUAAAUUACUUUCCUGGGGUGGAAGAUAUGUGAAAUAAACAGACAGACUUGGAGAAGGUAUUGUUCUCUUCUUGAUUUAACUUAGAAAAUCAUUUCUGUUUUUCCUUUCCUGAGAAAUGUUUGAGUUAGCUGAAAACAUAUGUAGGCAUUGCUAUUCUUUCCCCCACAAAGAAGGGUAAAGAUAUCUCAGCUGUCCUGAAGAAAGUUGUAUAUUUAAGAACUAUUAAAAAGGGAACAAAACUUUAUUUCAAAUUGAUUACUUGUUGAGAGGUGUAGGGCCAUGGCUAUGUUUGGGUCUGUCCACUUGAUGGGGACUUAAUCCUCUGAGACCAUGUAGAGCUGGUUUUGGGAGGUGAGGGAAGAAGACCUGAUGUCUGUUGUUUGUGAGCCUCUUUUGCCAUCUCUACUGGCAGCUGAGGGCACUCAUCACAUAGCAGGUAUGGACAGCAAAGGGUCAGGCAGCAUCAGAAUGCAUUUGCCUGCCGGGGUUUAUUAUAGAAAGGAUUUUUGUGUUUAAAAUAUGAAUAUUGUACAUAAGAAAUCAAGGAUUUUUUUUUAUUUUUUUUUUGCCUAAAUGGGCUCAACUUGUAUUGAUAGGAGUGAGCCUGUUCUCAGAUAAAGUCAGAGUGAGUCUCAGCAGUUUAUCAGACAGGUUGGGGGAAGGGUGUUCCCCUGUUCCACCCCAUCAUUGUUUCAGGUGCUGUGUACUUUGGUUAGGGAGGGGACCCUACUCUUCUUAUGUCUCUGGCAACUAGGUCAGGGCUCUAGCUCUGAUUAGGCAUUCAGUCAGAUUGGUGAGUGGGACUCUGAGCCUUUGGUAACCUUAUUUUUUAUAGUAAGUAUUCUUCGUAAUGUUUUUUCGCAUAUUAUUUUAUAAGAAGUUUAAGAAUAUUUUUGCAUGGGUCAUUAUAAAGGAAAGAUUUCUUAUUCCUAAUGUCUGUUAACAUAGUGUGUUUACUGAUAAGUACUUUAAAUUGCUUCAUGAGCACUUAACCUGUAUGUGUGUGUGUGUGUACACUUAUUAAACUUUUGUGUUGUAAUUCCAUCUGUAUAGUGGAUGGUUUAUAAUCAGUAGAUUCCAGGAACUGAACUGACCAAGUAACAGAGAACUCAGUUUCCCUAAUUUAGUGUAGUAGGUAGGAGAAAAUGUGAUUUUAGUGUAUGCUUUUAAAACAUCCCAAACAACAAAAUGGGAAAACAUACACAUACACAUACACAUACACAUACACACACACACAUAUGGCUACCUGUAAGGGGUGGAGUCAUUUGAAAUCAAGAGGAAGCUAUUUGAAGUUAUAUAGGAUGUUUCUUUAGGCUUGCUUGAGACUUGGCACAUACAGGGUGAGUGUUUUCACAAGCACUAAAUUAAAUGGUGUUUUCAAGAGAAAGCAGAAUGAGUUGCAUUUUCCGCCAUUUAUAUUAGCUUCAUAAACACUUUCCCCCUAUAAUUUUCUUUUUAAAUCUUUUCCCUUUUGUCAGGUUGAACUGAGAGACAUUACCAAAUACUUUUGCAUUACGGAAUACAUCUUUUCAAUUUGAAACUAUCAGGGCAUCAGCUAUCAAAUAUGAUGGUGAAAUGUAGAUCUUGUCUGGUGUGUAUGAAUCUGGACUUAUGAACAGUAAAAGUAUGAUAGAUUAUAAUUUUAGCAGUGUUUUUAAUUCUUCCUAGUACAAUUAACUGAGGAAUAGAAGUCCUGUUAUAAACUUGCAUAAUUUGAUAUCCAACGCACAAUAAUGUAACAUUUAAAGAAAUUUGGCUUCCUAAUUUGUGAGUCUUUUAGCUGAAUUGCAGUUCUUUUAUAAGUUGAGACAGGCAACUUCAUGGACAUCAGGGACAUGGACAUCAUCAUGGGUAUUUAAUUUGUUUUGUUUUACAGCCUCUUCCCUAAAGUUUAGGAGGUCUGUUUCCCUGCUUAUGGAACUCUUGUUUGGCCCUGGGCCGGAUGACUUAGUGUUUAGCAAUGAACAAGCCAUGGUCCCAUUAACUCACUGCCUCUGAGAAGGGAGGACAACAUUAGGGCUAGGGCCAUUUGUGGUAAACAGGCACAGAGGUGCUUCCAGAACCUUUUAUGUUUCUUGUGUUAAAUCUUUUCAGAGCAUUCUCGUUGGUGUGGUUAUUAGGCCUACCCCUUGCUAUUCUGUGAAUGUUUCUUGUGUGCAGUGCAAAUGUAGUAUUUAUAGGAGAUAGAGGAAGGUUGUGAGGCUUAGGCUGGGCACCUACCUGAUCAUUAAGCAUUCUGCCCUUCCCAGUUUGGAAAGACAAUGCCUGACUCUCUCUGGUAGCAUCAUAACUUCAAAUAAUGAGAGGAAAUAUAUUCUUAAGGCACUUUGGAUAUGCUAAUAUCUGGCAGUUGUCCCCUUAUAUGGGUUUCUGUGAAUGUGCCUGCCAGUGGUGGUGGAAGGAUGGUAAACACAGGCCACAUCAAUAGUGGAGCCUGUUUUAAAAUGAAAACCCAGACUUUUCCUGUCCUUUGGAAACAGUAUUACUCUGACCAAUUAGGCGACCUUCUCCUCAUCUGGCCGCUAACAGCAGAUGGAUGACCCAGUCAUUCCCAUCCUGAGCAUUGCCGAGAAAGGACAGAACAUCUGAUAUCCUCCAUUGGGUGCAAAGGCAGUUUAAGGGUGCAUGGUUUGAGGUUGGAUGCAAUUUCUGGUCCUUCUCUGGUGCUUUCUAUGGUAUAGGGAUGUCUGUAAAGAGGAGUGUGGUUGGCUUAGGGAAAGGGCAGACUGUUCAGCUCUCCUCCCUGGCACAUCUCAAGUGUGUAUAUGUGUGUGUCAUUCCACGUGUCCCCCUGUGUCCUUGUCCCUGAGUUUCCUGAAGGUACAGCAGACUUGAGUAGACUGCAGAUGACACGCUUCAGAGGAGGGUCUGAUCUUUUCAGGUAGAAAGUUGCAAAGUUGAUCUUUACAUGUUUCAGAGGAUUUGUCUCUUUAUCCACCCUAUUCACUUGAACAGAAAACCUGUGGAAUCACUUUAUAAGAGUCCCCAGGACUAAAGUCAACUCACUUGGGACAGGGACAGAGGAGAUGCAGACAUCUCUGUCCAGGGAAUCUGAAUGAGCUAUGGGAGAUGAUAUUCUCUCGGAUUUGUACAUUGGAGAUGACAGGCUGCUCAUCUCAGCCUCCUGAGCCCUGUUGGAGUCUCCCCAGGUCCUUGUGCAGAUGACUGAUUAGUGAGGUGGAUCUGAGGCCAGCACUCUUGCACGCCAUGCAGGAUUGUUCUGACAGCCACUUGAAGGAGAGGCACCAAGGAGUCACAUAGGUUGUAACUGACUAGGAAAUGGUUCCUUUUAAAAAAAUUUUUUAAUGAUUUCUAAAUACUGUUUUUUAGACUGUUCUCUUGGUAUAUUUUUAAGCUUAAGGUCAGCAUUGUCUUCCAGUGUUAAAGGUAUCCUUCACCUCUGCAUUGAACUUAGGUGUCAAUCAAUACAAAGGAAUGGAAUAUCCAUCCUGAGCCAGUUCUGUUAUGUGUAAAUUCAUACUGUUUUAAUUUUUUAUGCAAUUUGAUAAGUAGAUGAGUUCAGAUUUAAAAUUAUUAAAAGCACGUGUAUUGUAACAAGAGUUAUGUAUUAACACUGCAGUUUUCAAUAAAGAUGAACUUGUGUUGCA